AUAAGUAGAACAGAUUACAUUCACAGUCGCAACUUCAUUCAUCGUGAUAUUAAGCCAGACAACUUUCUGAUGGGUCUGGGAAAGAAGGGGAACCUUGUCUACAUUAUAGAUUUUGGACUGGCUAAAAAGUAUCGCGACGGGCGCACACACAAGCACAUACCCUAUCGAGAAAACAAGAAUCUGACGGGAACUGCCAGAUACGCAAGUAUAAAUACGCAUUUGGGGAUUGAGCAGUCGCGUCGAGACGAUCUUGAAUCUCUGGGCUAUGUUCUCAUGUACUUUAAUAGGGGUAGUCUACCUUGGCAGGGAUUAAAAGCGGCAACCAAGAGACAAAAGUACGAGCGCAUUUCUGAGAAGAAAAUGUCCACUCCUGUAGAAGAGCUUUGCAAGGGUUAUCCUGUGGAGUUCGCGUCGUAUUUAAGGUACUGUCGAGACUUACGCUUCGAGGAGAGGCCGGACUAUUCGCACCUCCGACAACUUUUUCGGACGUUGUUCCAUGGUCAGGGUUUUACCUACGACUAUGUUUUUGAUUGGAAUAUGCUGAAGUUUGGUAAUGCAAGACAACCGACGUUACCCUCCGCGCAGCAAGCACCCAUGCACUCGCAACCGUCUAAUGUGGCGCUGCCUUCCGGGACCAACAAUGAUCAGGAACAUCGAUCGAGACCCUACACGCGGCAAUGUUUGCCAAACGCGUCCGUGGCGACAGUAGGCCCGACGCUUGGACCGAACGCUAGUCUGCGAGCGAUCCGGCAGAAACGCGAGAUGGAGACUCGUGGCGACCAGGACAAUCAGGACAAGAGCGAUCUUCAAGCAUCGGGUGCGGGUGGACAAGAGCGAAGGGUCAGCAUGCGGUUGCACCGUAGGGAUACACUACUAGCCGCUGCAGGAGAAAUGCAGCCCAAGUCCAAGUAACCGAAAGCACUAAUUCUAAAUGACAAAAGUAGACAAAGAGGGAACGAAAUUCUCUCCUGUGCCACGGUAGAGGACGCCGAUCAUGAAAAACUCUGAUCAUGGGGGAAACUUUCAUCGUGCGAGCCUUCUCUCCGAGUUCAUUCUUUCUCACGAGCUUGUCGGUAUCCGUCAACCCAUUCAUGUCGUUAAGAAUCUCGUCGAGAGAACCUAGCGAUAUUGUUGUAAUUUAGCGGGAAACGCGAGAAACACGAAAGAUUCUUGCAUUACAUUUCCGUUUGAGCUGUCGACCGCGAAUAUUGAUGAAACAGAUUUACGAUAAGACAUGUCUUCGUCGGAGGUGAGGAACAUGUUGAGAGGAGGAAACAACGAAUAUUUCAAAUUUGUUUCUUUAGAGACUUGCUAUUAACAUUUCCUCACUAUCCUCUCUAAAACUACAUUGCAUUUUAUCAUGAAGAAUAAUUAAUUUAAUUCAAUUUGCCUGUAACAUCAUUGUCUCAUGCUAAGUCGCCAGUCGAUUAUCCGAUCUCACAUUAGGAAUAAUGAAAUCGUAGACAAAGGAAGCCGGGUAAGAGCGAAACUGAGGAGGCUAGAUGUAACGAACGAGAGAAGGAGCGCCGGAAAAGAAAAAAGAAAAAGAGAGAAAAAGAGAGAACCUUUAGCUCAUUUAUGUGGUGAAGACGGUGGCGCGCUAAUGUCGCUGUUUUGUGUGUCUUUUGUUUUGGAAGCGCCAAUGCGACGGCAAUCGCCCCACCCACCCUGAUGGUCAGGCGGGCAAGCGUGCAACACAGCAAGUGAAUCAGCACCAGCAAUAGCGG